UUCCACUUCUCGACCGAAGAAGACGAAGGUAGAGAGAGAAAGCAAAGAUGGGUGGAGGAAUGGAGACGAACAAGAACAGGUUCAUCGAGGAUUGGAGCUCGGCGAGGGAGAAUCUCGAGCACAACUUCCGUUGGACCCGUCGCAACCUCGCCCUCGUCGGAAUCUUCGGCAUCGCUCUCCCGAUCCUCGUCUAUAAGGGAAUCGUCCGAGAAUUCCAUAUGCAGGACGAGGACGCGGGCAGACCGUACAGGAAGUUCCUCUGAAUCUGCUCGCUGAGACAGGUCGAAUCCAUUAUCCUACAGCAUCUCGAUCUUCCUUGAAAUGUUCCCUCACUGUGAUUGUUUGCAAAUAAAAGCCGACUUCUUUAGCCUAAAUUCAUAUUACUCUUAUCAUGA